AUGAACAUCUUCCAAGAUUGGCCUGAGCCUAUAGUCCGUGUCCAAUCCUUAUCCGAAAGCAACCUCCAAGCCAUACCAAAUCGCUACGUCAAGCCUCUAUCUCAGCGUCCAAACUUACCCUCUCACAACCACCACAACCCUCACAACACCACCAUCCCCAUCAUUGACUUAGGUCUCUUACACACAGACGACAUAACUCUACAGGCCAAAACGCUUGAUGAGAUCUCCAAAGCUUGUAGAGAACGGUGGAUUUUGGCAGGUUUUGACAAAUAA